AGCGCGGUGCGAGGCAUGUCGGAUCUUGGCUCGGAAGAGAUCGAAGAAGAGGCAGAGAAUGAUUUGGGGGAAUAUGAAGGUGAACGCAAUGAAGCUGGUGAACGACAUGGACAUGGGAAGGCCAGGUUGCCUAAUGGUGAUACCUAUGAAGGAUUAUAUGCAAAUGGUAAAAGAAAUGGAGAGGGGCUGUAUAGAUUUAAAAAUGGUGCCCGCUACAUUGGAGAAUACUUUGAGAAUAAAAAGCAUGGCCAUGGAACCUUUAUUUAUCCUGAUGGAUCCAAAUAUGAAGGAGAAUGGGUGGAGGACCAGAGGCAUGGCAAUGGUGUUUACUCUUAUGUAAAUGGAGAUACAUACACUGGAGAGUGGUUUAAUCAUAACAGGCAUGGACAAGGUACAUAUGUCUAUGCACUAACCGGCUCCAAAUAUGUUGGCACCUGGGUAAAUGGGCAGCAGGAGGGAGCUGCUGAAGUUAUCCAUCUGAACCAUAGAUACCAGGGGAAGUUUGUAAAUAAAAAUCCAAUGGGUCCUGGAAAAUAUGUAUUUGAUAUUGGAUGUGAACAGCAUGGUGAAUAUGUUCAUGAUGAAAAAGGAGAGGAAGAAGAGGAAGAAGAGUCUUUGAUACCAGUUGUUCCAAAGUGGAAAGCAAUAAAAAUCACUACCCUAACACUGUGGGCACCUGAUGAACCACCUCCUGCAGAAACAGCCCCUGUAGCAGCUGGAGAGGCUCUUAUACCUGAAGAGCUAGAGUCUUCAGUGGGUGAGACUGUUUUGGAAACUCCCGCUGAUGUACCUGCAGAGGCAGCUGAGUCCAGUGAAAUUACACCGCCUCCUAAAGAGGUUGAGGAAGAGGAGGAGGGGGCUAAAGACGACCAAGGAGAUCAAGCUGCUGCUGGUGCAGAAGAAGAGGAAGCAUAGGACUCCAGAGGCUGGAUCAUUCACCUUGGGUAUUUUACAAUAUAACUCCAGGAACAAAGUACAUUACUACAAGAAGUUCAGCUCCUGUUAACGUUUCCUGUUCUGUUUGUGGUUUUGCAAAUUUUCGGAAACAGCAUUAAACCACAAAAUUGCUUUGCCAUGAAGAGAGAGUGGCUGCUUCCAGAUAAAGGUUUUUGCUGCCUUGAGUAGAGAGAUUUUUUGUUUGUUUUUUGGAACUUCCAAAUAAUGUAAUACUGUAACUGUUAUGUUUCCAGGACAGUGCCCCUCACAGGCACUUCCCCCCAAUCAUUUUUCAUUCCACACCACAAGAGGGCUUUAAAAAUAAUAAUUGCUAUAGUGCUAUAAUAAUCGAUUGCAACCUAUCUGUUUUAAAUGGUAAAGGUACAGGGACUGUAGACUAUACUACUGGGCACUGUCUGUUGCUGUAGAUAUGCUCUACUGAGUAGUAGUUUCUGCAUCAUUAAAUAUAACAUGUUUAAUUAGU